UAAAUAAAAAAAGUGUUUUGUUAAAUAAAAAUUAUACUAAAAUGAAUCCUACUGGUGGUGUAUUGACAGCACAAUCUGAACAAAAGAUUGUUGCACUGAUCCAGAAAAAACCUAAAGGAGUUACUGGAGAUGAAAUAUCACAGGAGUUAGCAGAUUUAGAUAAACAGCAGCAAGUAACUGUUAUAAAUAAACUUCUUAAAUCAGGACAAAUUGGUAUGGUACAAAGAGGAAAGACACAAUGUUUUGUUUUAAAAAAUUCUGGAGCUGCGCCGACGAUGAAGGGUGCUGACAAUGAGGAAAAAAUAGUUUAUAAUAUAAUACAACAGGGUGGAGAUAAAGGAGUAUGGGUCAGAGAUAUCCGGAGACAGAGUCAACUGUAUGAUAAACAGGUCGAUAAAGUUUUGAAAAGUUUGGAAUCAAAGAAGUUUAUUAAGGAAAUAAAAUCUAUUGCUGCUGGCGGAAAGAAAAAACUAUAUAUGGUGUAUGGCAUUGAGCCGCACAGAUCUGUAACUGGGGGUGCAUUUUAUCAGGGUCGUGAAUUUGAGACUGAAUUCGUUGAUGUUUUGACCCAACAGUCUUACAGAUUUUUGACUGAAAGGAGCGAGCAUGCUAAACAAAUGGAUGUUGGUCCACUUGCUUUGAAAAAAAUGUCGUACGCUUCUUGGAAAGACGUUGCUAAAUUUAUCGCUGAUCUAGGAAUAAGCAAAGUACAAUUAAAUCAAGAAGAGGUAAUAUCUAUUUUAGAUUCUUUGUUUUAUGAUGGAAAAGUUGACAAAACUAUUAAUGCAAAUGACGAAGUUGUGUAUGGAGCAAUUCCAUAUUUAAUUCCCACACCAGGACUUAUGAAAACUCCUUGCGGAUUUUGUCCCAUUCAAAAAAAUUGUGGCGAUUCCGGUGAUGUAACUCCAUUGAAAUGUCCAUAUUUCAAUGAAUGGCUUGAUGUCGAUAAUUAAGCAUCCUAUAUAUACCAAAUAUUUACAAUUUAGUCAUUAAUCAAUGACUAAUUAAAGUAUUACACUAAAUAAAUAUAAAUUAUUUAACAAUUAUGUACAAACUUUAAAAA